AUGGCCGCGGCGACGCCGGCGCUGAUGGCCUUUGAGGACGUGGCCGUGUACUUCUCCCGGGAGGAGUGGGGGCUCUUGGACGCGGCGCAGCGGGCCCUGUACCGCCAGGUGAUGCUGGAGAACUUCGCCCUCGUGGCCUCGCUGGGACUGUCUGCCUCCCGCCCUCGGAUGGUCCUGCAGCUGGAGCGCGGGGAGGAGCCCUGGGUGCUCGGUGGGCUGGAUGUGGCCCUGGCCAGGGACGCCCAGAGGCGGCCCAGCCCUGGUUCCCAGCGUCCCACGGAGGACAGAGCUGUUUCUGGGGAAGCAGCGUGGACCUUCUGGGAGAGGCCCCCCCUGACACCCACCGGGGUCCCCCGCACCCCUGCUGUCUCUGAGCGCGGAGAACUGGAGGGGCGUCGGGGGAAGAGGAAACCUUCGGGUGUCUCCGUGAUCUACUGGGAAAGCCUCUUGCUGGGCCCAGGCAGUGGGGAGGCUGGCGUGAGCCUGCGGCUGACCCCUCAGCUGCGGGCGCCCUCGGACAGCGCACCCACAGGGGACCUCGCCGGGCCAGGCACGCAGCCGCAACCACCGGGGCGGGGGCAUCCCGGGAGGACCUUCCAGGGCGUCCCAGGACUCCUCGAAACCGGUCCCCCUGCGGCGGGGGAGCUGGGUCCGGGGGCCGCGUGGGACGAGCCCCAGAAGCACCUGACCGGCCGGGAGCCCCCGCCCUGGGCGGAGCUGGGCCCUGGCCCCGGCCUUCCGCCCGCGGAGAAGACGUUCGAGUGCCGGGCCUGCAGCAAGGUCUUCGUCAAGAGCUCGGACCUGCUCAAGCACCGGCGCACGCACACGGGCGAGCGGCCCUUCGCCUGCGCGCAGUGCGGCCGCGCCUUCAGCCAGACCUCGCACCUGACGCAGCACCAGCGCAUCCACAGCGGCGAGACGCCCUACGCCUGCGCCGCCUGCGGCCAGGCCUUCCGCCACAGCUCCUCGCUGGUGCGGCACCAGCGCAUCCACACGGCCGAGAAGGCCUUCCGCUGCGGCGAGUGCGGCAAGGCCUUCAGCCACGGCUCCAACCUCAGCCAGCACCGCAAGAUCCACGCGGGCGGCCGGCCCUACGCCUGCGCGCGCUGCGGCCGCCGCUUCUGCCGCAACGCGCACCUGGCGCAGCACGAGCGCACGCACACGGGCGAGAAGCCGUUCGCCUGCGCGCUGUGCGGCGCCGCCUUCAGCCAGGGCUCCUCGCUCUUCAAGCACCAGCGCGUGCACACGGGCGAGCGGCCCUUCGCGUGCGCGCAGUGCGGCCGCGCCUUCAGCCACAGCUCCAACCUCACGCAGCACCAGCUGCUGCACACUGGCGAGCGGCCCUUCCGCUGCGCCGACUGCGGCAAGGCCUUCGCCAAGGGCGCCGUGCUGCUCAGCCACCGGCGCAUCCACACGGGCGAGAAGCCCUUCGCCUGCGCGCAGUGCGGCCGCGCCUUCCGCGAGCGCCCGGCCCUGUUCCACCACCAGCGCAUCCACACCGGGGAGCGGCCGCCGGCGCGGAGGAGGCGCGGGGCCCCGCCCGCCGCGGGGCCCGCGUCCGCGCAGGCGGAGGCCUGA